AUGACACAAGAAGCAGAUAAUGACAGCGGCCCGUUGUCCAUCGACCAGCUAGAAGGCAACGGGAUCACCAUGAGCGACAUAAACAAGCUCAAAAGCGAGGGUUUCCAUACCAUAGAAAGUAUUGCGUAUACUCCAAAAAAGGCGUUGCUUCAAGUGAAAGGAAUCAGUGAAACAAAAGCCGACCGGAUUUCGGCUGAGGCGGCCAAAGUGGUGCCUUUAGGGUUCACCACCGCGUCAGAAUUCCACUCGCGACGGUCGGAGUUGAUUUGUGUGACCACGGGAUCAAAACAAUUGGAUACGCUUCUUGGAGGUGGAAUUGAAACCGGAUCAAUCACCGAGGUUUUCGGUGAGUUUCGUACGGGAAAGUCCCAGUUGUGCCACACGCUCGCGGUGACGUGUCAGCUUCCUAUUGAUAUGGGUGGAGGUGAAGGAAAAUGUUUGUAUAUUGAUACCGAAGGAACGUUUCGGCCGGUGCGGUUGGUGCUGAUUGCUCAGCGGUACGGCUUGAAUCCGGACGAUUGCUUGGAUAACGUGGCUUACGCGCGGGCGUACAACGCCGAACACCAGUUCCAGCUCUUAAAUAUGGCGGCGCAAAUGAUGGCAGAAAGUCGGUUUUCGCUUUUAAUUGUCGACUCCAUCAUGUCAUUGUAUCGAACCGAUUACAGCGGCCGUGGAGAACUUUCGGCACGUCAGGCUCACGUUGCCAAGUAUAUGCGUACGCUCCAGCGUCUUGCUGACGAGUUUGGCAUUGCCGUCGUGAUUACUAACCAGGUGGUGGCCCAGGUGGAUGGCGGUGCAUCGAUGUUCAAUCCCGACCCCAAAAAGCCCAUUGGAGGUAACAUCAUUGCUCACAGCUCCACCACUCGGUUAUCGUUCCGCAAGGGCCGUGCCGAGCAGCGGGUGUGUAAGGUUUAUGAUAGUCCAUGUUUGCCCGAAAGUGAGUGUGUAUUUGCCAUUUACGAGGAUGGCAUUGGCGACCCGCGCGAGGACGAGGAAACGUAG